AGAGCCGUUAGUUUGUAGAGGAGAAACUUUGAGCUGUCCAUGUCUUGUUUACAGAUAUUAACACGCUGACAAAACUUGACAGCAAUGUCGAGAGAAAACACCACUCGAAGUUUGGACAGUAUAGACCUCGCUGCUUUGAGGGAUCCAGCAGGUAUCUUUGAACUGGUGGAGGUGGUUGGCAAUGGAACAUAUGGUCAGGUGUACAAAGGUCGUCAUGUCAAGACGGGCCAACUGGCGGCUAUCAAAGUCAUGGAGGUCACAGAGGAGGAGGAGGAGGAGAUAAAGCUGGAGAUCAACAUGUUGAAGAGUUACUCUCACCACAGAAAUAUCGCCACUUAUUAUGGAGCUUUUAUUAAGAAAGGUCCUGCUGGACAGGACCACCAACUCUGGCUGGUGAUGGAGUACUGUGGAGCUGGCUCUGUCACAGACUUAGUGAAAAAGACAAAAGGAAACUGCCUGAAGGAAGACUGGAUUGCUUACAUCUGUCGAGAGGUGCUCAGGGGUCUUUCCCAUCUUCACUCCCAUCAUGUGAUCCACAGAGACAUUAAGGGACAAAAUGUUUUGCUCACAGAGAAUGCCGAAGUCAAACUGGUUGACUUUGGAGUGUCUGCUCAGCUGGACAAGACAAUCGGACGGAGGAACACCUUCAUCGGUACUCCCUACUGGAUGGCCCCAGAGGUCAUUGCCUGUGAUGAAAACCCAGAGGCCACAUAUGACUACAGGAGUGACCUGUGGUCUUUGGGCAUCACAGCUUUAGAGAUGGCUGAGGGAGCCCCUCCUCUUUGUGACAUGCAUCCAAUGAGAGCUCUGUUUCUGAUUCCACGAAACCCUCCACCCAAACUGAAAUCAAAGAAAUGGUCAAAGCGGUUCUUGUCGUUUGUCGAUAGUUGUCUGGUCAAGAACCAUCUGCAUCGGCCCACCACUGAUGUCCUGCUGAGACAUGCCUUCAUCAGAGAUCUAGCUAACGAGAGACAAGUCCGCAUCAUGCUCAAAGACCACCUGGACAGAACUCGCAAGAAGAGAGAGAAAGAGGGUCCAGAAUAUGAGUACAGUGGCAGUGAAGAAGAAGAUGAUGAAGUGACAGAGGAAGAAGGUGAACCAAGCUCCAUAGUGAAUGUUCCUGGUGAAUGGACAUUAAGGCGGGAGUUUCUUCGUUUACAGACAGAGGAUCGUGAAGGCAGCAGGGAGGGAGGCCAGGGGGUAGGUGGAAGUCAGCAAAGACAGCAGGCCUUACAGCAGCACAGGCAGCAGUUAGCAGAACAGGAGCGAUACAAGCAGCAGCUACUGGCCGACAGACAGAAGAGGAUCCAACAACAGCGUGAACACCGGCAGAAGUUAGAGGAUCAGCAGAGGCGGCAGCUUGCAGACUGUGCCUUCCAGUGGGCAGAGCUUCAAGAGGUCAUGCUUGGGGAGGAGUCUGAUCUCCAUGACAACAGAAUUUUACUGGAUGAUCGAAACAGGAAGAGUGACACCAGACAGGAGCAGGCAGGCAGACAGCGGACUGGACGCGAUGUGUCAAUGAGGCCUCUGGACUCCACAGCAGAGCAGAGAGCAGUGGCUCCAAACCAGCUGCUUCAGCGUAAGGCUCCACAUGCUCAGCUUCAGCUCCAGCAGCAACCCAAGCCCCAGCCUAUAGCCCAACACCAGCAGCCUUCAGCGGGCAGACGAUCACACCGCACCCUCCCCAAAGACCAAACCCAGCUCCUGUCACUGCAGCACGACCACCGACACCGAGAAAGGGAGAGGGAGCGAGAGAGGCAGAGGCAGAGAGAGAAGCCUGUGGCGGCCAUCCAGAAACUAACGGUCGCUCCUGGAAAUACAGCUGUUGCUGCCACCAUGGCCACUGCUGUUGCUUCAUCACCAAGCCGCCCCAUAAACAGCCAGUGCUCAGCGGUGGAUCUCCGGGACUCCAACUUGGUGCGGCUGCUGUUGGCUGCUGGUCUGCCCACUCAGAUGCACUCCAAACUGGUCUCCGGGAGCAGUUCUAGUCCCUGUACCCCUGCCAUGCAGAGAGCUCACCUCAGCCAGAAUGCUAACUUGCGCUCCAGUCGGGAUGCCCAUCACAGCAGCUCUAUGUCAGACAUGGCUCUUUCCCCAUUCUCUCCUGUUUCCCCUCUGUCCCCAACUGACGAUGUGUUCUGGGACUCUGAGAACCCACCUAAGGUCCCAGAACGAACUACCUCCAAGUUUUACUGUAGAGAGCUGGUGAUGGGACACAAGAGGGCUGCUUCAAGUGGCAGCCCAGUGUUUGGAGCAGAUCAGAGUGGAAGAGCGUCUUCUCAUGGAAGUUCAUCGACAAGCAGCAACCACACAGGUUACUUCAAACUGGAGAGCCCUCUCUUACAACACCGUCCACAGCAUCACAGGAAGACACAGGAAAACAUAACAACUGGACACUCACAAGGGGUCAAAUCUGCCCUUGGUCGACUGAACAAAGCCACUGAAUAUUCAUCAUCCAGCGAUGAGGUUGGCAGCAGUGACGAUGAAGACAGAAACGGGUCUGGCCUGUCCAACGGGAAAGGGAAAUACUUCAGAGGAAUACCUGAUGGCAUUGUCCUGCAGCCUCACCACAAUCUGAACCAGAUAUCUCGGAUGGGUUCAGACGACACCACCUACCUGCUACCAGACCUUCUGCAGAAAACCUCUUCCUCCAGCCCUACCCACAAUGCACCGGGCCAGCAGCAGCGAACACGAGAACUCACCUACUCACAGUCGCCCACAACCCCUCGAUCCCCCACACACCAGGAGAGACACGAGAUCUGCAGCCCUACUGGUAAAAACGUCUCCUCAUCUUCCUCUUCCUCCUUCCUAUCCUUCAUUGAUCCAAGACUGAUGCACAUAUCAUCACCUCCACAGAGCCCCACAGGUGUCAAAGGUGAGCCGAUCAAGAGAGAGAAUCACAGAAAGGGUUCAGUAGUAAAUGUAAACCCCACCAACAUCAGACCGCAGAGUGACACUCCAGAGAUCCGCAAGUACAAAAAGAAAUUCAACGCCGAAAUUCUCUGUGCUGGACUUUGGGGUGUAAACCUGUUGGUGGGGACAGAGAGUGGGCUGUGGCUUCUGGAUCGCAGCGGUCAGGGGAAAGUCUACUCCCUCAUCAGCAGACGAAGGUUUCAGCAGAUGGACGUGCUAGAAGGACUUAAUGUUCUCAUCACUAUAUCAGGUAAAAAGAACAAGCUCCGUCUGUACUAUCUGUCCUGGUUAAGGAAUAAAAUCCUUCAUAAUGAUCCAGAGGUUGAGAAGAGACAGGGCUGGACUUCAGUAGGUGAAUUGGAAGGCUGUGUUCACUACAAAGUGGUGCGAUAUGAGAAGAUCAAGUUCUUAGUGAUUGCUCUAAAGAAUGCUGUGGAGGUGUAUGCCUGGGCUCCAAAGCCGUACCAUAAAUUUAUGGCCUUCAAGUCGUUCAGGUCUCUGCCUCAAAGACCACUGUCUGUUGACCUGACAGUGGAGGAAGGCCAAAGGUUAAAGGUCAUCUAUGGUUCCGUGUCUGGUUUCCAUGCCAUUGAUGUUGACUCUGGGACACCUUAUGACCUAUACCUGCCUACCCAUAUCCAAGGUUCCAUCCACCCUCACGCCAUCAUCAUUUUACCAAACAGUGCAGGAACAGAGGUCCUGGUUUGCUACGAGGACGAGGGCGUUUACAUUGAUACAUAUGGACGCAUCACUAAGGACACAGUGCUACAGUGGGGGGAAAUGCCUGCAUCUGUCGCCUACCUUCAGUCCAACCAGGUGAUGGGUUGGGGAGAGAAGGCCAUAGAACUGAGGUCAGCCAACACAGGAAACCUGGAGGGGGUGUUCAUGCAUAAAAAAGCCCAAAAACUCAAGUUCCUGUGUGAAAGGAAUGACAAGGUGUUCUUUGCUUCAGUGCAGUCGGGUGGCAGUAGUCAGAUUUACUUCAUGACUCUGGGACAGAACUCGCUGUUCAGCUGGUAACAGCUGGAGCUGUUUUUCUGGAUCUCCUGGCGCUGUCUGCCCUCACCACUCUGGAUAAUUAUAUAUGUGCUGACUGGUGUUCUGCCCUUGACCUUUAUCAAUCAACUGAAUAUCCCUGGAUCCAUAAGUCUUAGGAAUCGUUUUUUUAUCUGUAAAUCUGUUUGGAGCCACACAUGAGUUGAUCAUAAGUCCAGCGGCAGCAGAUAUGCUUGAAUCCAGCCCUGAAACAGAGAGCACCGCACAGCAUCUUCAGCUGCAGGAACUGACAUUCAGCGAGUUUCAGUGUCAAAGCACACUAAAUUUAACACCUGGACUGGUCUCUGCCAGUGGGAUUCAGGCUGAGUGGCGGAAUUUCAUCUAAUUCCACUUGGAAAACUCGCCCAACUGUUCAUUGACUGUGCAUUGAUUUUUAAGUAGCACAAGGUCAAAUUCUGUGUGAAACAACUGGGUCUGUUUCUCAUGUCAGCUCUCCCAGAUCACUUAGCGGCUUUAGCCCGUUCGACUUCACUUUUUGGAUCUUGUGAAGUCAGCUCGUUGCAUCUGGAUUAUUAUUCCACAAGCUCAAUACAUAGGUGUGGGAUGUUUCCUCUGGUGUUCAGUCAUCAUCUGACUCAUCUCUAUAAGUACCAUUUGUCCGAAAAGGAGUGAGCAACAAAAAUCGGAAGAAAUCCCCAGGGAAUUUGAAACAUUUAUAUGAACGCAAAUGAUGCCAAAACAGUAUUACAUUAUAAAAUAUGCACUAUCAAAUAUUAUGUAAUUGACAGAAGUGUUGUUUCUUUUAGGGGAUCUUAGACACCUUUUAACUUUAACUGUUUUCAUGAAACCCUGACUCUAAGGAAAAGUUCUUAUGACUAUAGGAUUCACUUCUGGUCUGGGACUGGGGUUAUGAUAACAGAAGUGCAGGGACACAUGAGUUCAAACAGAGCUCAAAUGUAACCCUUACAUGCAUCACCACUUACCUGGUGGAUGUUGGGAGGUUUGUCUGGAGGUUAAAGUGGAUGUAAAUACAUAGUCCGUCCACAACUUAUUUUAUUUAUUUAUAUAUAUAUAUAUAUA